AUGGAGGGAGCUGAGGAUAAUUGUACUGAAAUUGCUACAGAUUAUAAAAAAAGCAAUGGUGCUGCAAAUAAGAAGCCUCUUGCUGUUAAUGGGAUGCCCUUUUACAAGAUGCAGUUCAAAUACAUGGAGGAAAAAGCUGGAAAAAAGUUGGCAACAAAAUGCCUCCCUGGUCGAACGGACACGCAGUGCUUGCACCGCUGGCAGAAGGUUCUUAAUCCGAACCUGAUUAAAGGGCCCUGGAGUAAAGAGGAAGAUAAUCUUCUUAUUACAUUGGUCGAGAAGCAAUCCGGGAAGAAGAUGAAAUGGUCUGAAAUUGCUGCACAACUUCCAAGUCGGAUGGGAAAGCAAUGCCGUGAAAGAUGGCACAAUCAUUUGAAUCCGGAGAUAAAUAAGGCUGCCUGGACAAAAGAAGAGGAAAAAAUUCUCAUCAGUGCUCACAGUAUAUACGGAAACAAAUGGUCCGAAAUCGCCAAGAUUUUACCUGGAAGAACUGAGAACUCAGUAAAAAACCAGUGGAAUUGCUCUCUGAAAAGGAAACUCAUUAACUCGUCGGUAAAUUACCAUCCACCGCACGAAAAUGAAAAAUGCGAAGAUAAACUUGUGGAGAUUGAGCAAACUAGAACAAGCCCCCCAAAUAGUUCGUAUGAAGAAAAAACAAACGAUGAGAAAAAUGAAGACUCGGUUUGCCUCGAUUUGAGCCUCGCAUGCCCCGGAAGCUCGUCUACUUUCUCAAAUCAUUCCUCUUCAAUCAAACCAAGCUGCGGUAAAAAUAUCGAUAAAUCGCCUCUCGAUUAUCCCGAUUUCUCUAGCUCUUGCUCGAUUAAGCCAAGAAGACAUAGUGACACGUACGAAAAUCUCAAACGGCAUCAAAAUUCCUCAGAUUGGAAUUACUACACUGGGUUGUGUUACGAGCCGAUUUGGAAGGAUGACAUGCAUUUUUUAAAGUCGACCGGUGGUAAAUUUAUGAGUAGCGAGUUUUGCAUUCGCCAGCCGAAUAAUGAGAUGGAAGUUUCGCCUGAUAUAAAUAGCUGCCCUGAGUCUAUUUUGAGGAGUGCAGCCAGGAAUUAUGAUAAUGUGCCGUCUAUUAUAAGAAAACGAGUCGUUAGGAUAUCGAGGAGUGUAAAUAACACAAACGGUAACACGCGUGAAGAAGAAGAAGAUGAUGAUGAUGAUCGAGUUCAGAGCAACGGACUGAAAGAUGUGGGGAAGUCACUGGAGCAAGCAUUUUCGGAUGCUUAA